CAUGUAGCUGCUCAAAAGAUCCGUCGUAAGCUGAGAGGCCACAGGCAGCCCGAAGUGGUUGGACGGCGCCUACUAGCGAUUGCACCGAUCGUUUAGGGCUGUGGCCCAACUUCACUUGAUACAGUGCUCGUUACUUGUUUUUGGCACUUUUCAGACAAAGACAAACGUUCAAUAUUCAGACCUCGAAGGCUCGCGAUGUCAUCUGUCGACUCGCCGUUGAAUACGGCCCAUCGACAUGCUGCAAAUGCGGACGAUUAUGUUGCUCAAGGGCUACUCAUUCCAGCGGCAGAGGAGCAUAUGAAGGCAGCAGAAGCGUUUCUUGUCUGCGUUGAAGCGGCAACGGACGAGCAUACCAAACGGACACUGCAAAUGCUCUAUAAUGACCAUUCAAAGGCCGAAAAGGAGCUUCAGAGGAGAAUAGCUAAGCUCCGUGAAGAAAACAAGGAUCCUACGUUGCCUCAGAAACAAUCCGGUAACGCAGCCACCGCAGCGGCCGUCCCUCCUCGGGUGCCACCACCAACAUCCUCUCCACCUCCGCGAAAUGUCAUGUCUGAGUCUCAGCAAACUGUGGAUGAGUCUUUCAUGCUGUUGGGCCAGCGCAGUGAUGCAGGCGAUCCGUUCAAUCAGUUCUGGAAAAUCACCGAAGGAAUGCUCGACUACCUCUCCCAACCAGUAGCCUUUGCCACCGCUCCUCUUUUCCCUGCCACGACAUCGCAAACAGCGCGCCGUGAUGCCAGCUCCAGCAGUGACACCGAUGCAGAAGAUGCAUUCUCGAAACGGCUAUCGCGUGGGAUUGGUCUGGUCAAAGCGGCACGAUCGAGAAUGCUCACGCGCCAGGAAUCAGCUUCGAACGCACUGAACUCUGACGCGAGCCAUGCCGCUGGUAUCACUACAUUCCCUCCUCGACCGCUCUACCCUGCUCAACAAGAUGACUGGGACGAAGAAUUCCCUGAGAACUAUGGGGAUGACAUGGCCGACUCGUUCUGUCUCAUACCGUCUAAAUCCGACUCAUCUUCUGGCACGUUGAUGAAGGAGAAUGAUGCCUUGCGGGAAGAUUUAGCCGAGACACGUAAACAAUUAGCGUCGGCAGAAGGGAUGCUGAAGAUGCGUCAAGAGCAAGAUCAGCAGUUACGCGAUAGCAUAUUGUUAGCUCGAAAAGAGGCUCAACGUGCAAUGAUGUCGUCCACAAUGACGCCUCGGACAAGCCCGGCUGCAGUGGACCUCGCGUCCUUGAACCUCAAUGUCCCGCCUGUACCGGCUUUGAAUUCCGGAAAAUCCGGGCGGGAUAGGGAGGCACAACUUGUGCGGAGAGUGCGAGAGCUUGAAGAGGAAGUACGCGGAUUGCGUACCGAAAAUGAAAAACAGAAAGCAAUGAUCGUUCGCUUCCGCGAGCGCUGGGAGAAACUCAAGGAAUCUGCAAAACGGAAGAAGGAGGCAAAGGCAGCUGCUGAAGCUAUCAACAUCGUUUCGGAACGCAUUGACGAAGAACCAGAGGCCGAAGCAGAGGCCGAAAGAGACGACGUGAAAUCCAGGUGAAAGGUCAUCGCAGACUCAGCAUCCUCUACACGCCGCUUUUCUACGGGUCGUUUUCACUGUAAAGUGCUAUCACUGGCUGUAUCAGUAUUUCACUGUACUUGCUUUCUAUAGUGUAACAUUGUAUGACCAUUAGGAAUUCAGUGGAAUAGGCAUGUACAAAUAAUCGAGCCACAUAAUACUUCGUUCAUCAAAGAAUACGCUUCGUCGCAAAGCAUGAGAUGCUUGUCUACAACGACGCUGCAGCGUACUUCAUAACAAAUUCUGUGUUUAUGUAUCGCAUCCUUCAUGCAAACAAGCUAUAAUCUACGAUCUUUAGAGAUCGAGCGACGGCCGCAAAGGUGUCUUGUGCGAUCCUCCACUCGUCCCCUUCGA